GGGGUCGGGCUGCGCCUGCGUGCUGAGUCCGCACGAACAAGUGCGCUACGCCGAGGGCACCGGCUGAGGGCGAGCAGACCUCGAGCAGCUGCCGGCGCUGCGGCCGUUGCUACCAUCACAGCACAGUCGGGGUCUCAGGCCCAGAAGGCGGUGACCGAGGAUGUCGUCCACCGCGGCUUUUUGCCUUCUCUCUACUCUGGGGGGAUAUUUGGUCACCUCGUUCUUGUUGCUUAAAUACCCAGCGUUGCUGCACCAGAGAAAGAAACAGCGAUUCCUCAGUAGGCACAUCUCUCACCGCGGAGGUGCUGGAGAAAACCUUGAGAACACAAUGGCUGCCUUCCAGCACGCAGUUACCAUUGGGACAGACAUGUUAGAACUGGACUGCCAUAUCACAAAAGAUGAACAAGUUGUAGUGUCACAUGACGCAAACCUGAAGAGGUCAACUGGGGUCAAUGUAAACGUCUCUGAUCUCAAAUAUUGUGAGCUCCCACCUUACCUUUGCAAGCUGGAUGUCCCAUUUCAGAGAGCCUGCAAGUGUGAAGGAAAGGAUACCCGGAUCCCCUUGCUGAAGGAAGUGUUUGAGGCCUUCCCUGAGACCCCCAUUAACAUUGACAUCAAAGUGAACAACAACGUGCUGAUUAAGAAGGUCUCAGAACUGGUGAAGCAGUAUAAGCGAGAACAUCUGACAGUGUGGGGCAAUGCCAACUCUGAGAUUGUAGACAAGUGUUACAAAGAGAACUCAGAUAUUCCUAUACUCUUCAGCCUACAGCGUGUUCUGCUCAUCCUCGGCCUGUUCUUCACCGGCCUCUUGCCCUUCGUGCCCAUUCGAGAACAGUUCUUUGAAAUCCCAAUGCCCUCUAUCAUACUGAAGCUAAAAGAACCACACACUAUAUCCAAAGGUCAUAAGUUUCUCAUCUGGCUUUCAGAUACCUUAUUGAUGCGGAAAGCUCUAUUUGACCACCUCACCGCCCGGGGCAUUCAAGUGUACGUUUGGGUUUUAAAUGAGGAGUAUGAGUACAAAAGAGCCUUUGAUUUGGGAGCGACUGGAGUGAUGACGGACUACCCAACAAAGCUUAAGGAUUUCUUAAACAAUUUUUCAGCAUAAAAAAAAAAAAAGUAACUCCGAAUCAUUCAAAGGAGUCAUGACCAGAAUAGAUCUGAGGGAAGGUGUGUUAACCACGGUUUCCCUGGGAUUUCCAGGAUGAUACAAGGUUUAAUCAGUUAAGUUUUAAUACCUCAUUUUUUAAGUCUGUACGGGAAUGUAGGAACGUCCCUGCCUUGUAUAUUUAUUUUCACCAAUAUUUGCAUAUUUUACAUUGGUAACUUGUUUGGAGGUAACUGGCACUGAAGUGUAGAUCAUUGAUCAAGGUGUCUGCAUAUGAUGCAGUUUUCUACUGUUGUAAAUCUGAAAUCAAAGACUGGAGGCAAACUAUGUGUUAGCCUUCCCUGAGACAGGAUCAACCAUAGUGAAGCAGAUUCCUGAGCAGGGCAUGGUGACAUGAGCCUGCAAUGCCACCACACGGCGGGACUGAGGCAGGAGGAUCAGGGGCUUGAGGCCAGCUUGGGCUACAUACUGAAAAACCCUGUCCUUAAUUUUUUUUUGAAUAAGGAAGCAGAAAAUUAUUGAAGGCCAUUACAGCCGUUCUGAAUUGUCUCAUAUGUCUAGGUGCAUUUUAGUUUAGGAAAAAUUCAGGGGAAGAGGAACCUGAAGGUGCAGCCAGGCAGAGUGUGUGCUGUUCUCAGGGGGCAAAUUCAAGCCAAUAACAGUUUGUUAUUACUCAGAAAUCCAGUCUGUGAGCUGAAACAGACUCCCGGGUUAUGGUUGUUAAUGGAGACAUUCCGAUUAGAGUCGUUUUUUUUUUUCUUUCUUUCAGGUGUGUGACAAUGCUGUCAUGCCUAAUUUUUUCUUAUGUCUUUAAAAAAAUAGACAUUAUAAAAUAAGACAAGAUCCAAUUAGUCGUGUUUUUAUGUUUCCUUAAAAACUACUCCAUUCUUACCUUUGGGCUUGACUAGACUGAUCCUGGGUCUGAGUUGUCAGUGAUGUGGCAACCCUAUAGUGAUUGGCUGGUGACAACACUGUUGCGGGCAUGUUUAGCAUGAGCCACCUGCUCCUGAUCUCUCUCACUUCUCUGAGGCGCAGACCCAGCCAGAGUUAACCCAGCAUUAUAUACCACUUCUCUGCCUUCCGAUGUGACUCCAUGCAGAUCUGUCCCUGGCCUUUGUGACUAAUUUAAUGAUGUCAGAUUGGGAGAUAAAUUCAGUAUAGAGUACUAGAUGUCUUUUGCCUAAAUUAUGUCUCCGCUGUGGGGCCUGCCACGCACAGCUAUGGAGGGUGGCCUCAUGCUCCCUUCUGUUGCUUUGUGGUCUAAAUUGUAAUAAAGUUUUCCAAGAAUAAAA